GUUUGAGUGAAGGUGCUUCAAAGUGCAGUGGAAGCAGCAAGGAGGAACCAGAAGCCAGUGGGAGGAGGCAAGAAGACACAAGAAACAACGAGAUCUUAAAGGCACCACAGAAAAGCUGGACUUGUCAAGCCGCAGAGUUAGGAUCUGAAAAGGAGCAAAGUUCUGAGGCACCAGAGACUGAUUCUGUCCAAGCCUGUCAACCACAGACUGCGGAUUCUACUGGAACACUAAAGUCGGGGCAGGAUAUCUCAGCUGUAUGUGGUUCUUCAGGGUCUGCGGCUAAGCGAGCUUCUCCCAGCGUUCAUCACCUUGUUGUGCCCAGAGUCCCACACACCGUUUAUCUUCCCUCACACCCGCUCUCGCCCUUCGGCCACCCCCGCCAUGCCCACCCUGCCUGAAGAGGAGGAGGACUCUCCGGAAGAGAUGGACAGCUCCUCCAGCUCGCCCUCCACCUACAUCCCUGUUGAAACUAAGCUAGUGAAUGUGACUAUUGCUCCCCCUGCAAUUGUACUGCCAAGACAAACCAGCAAACAAGAGCCACGUCCACUGGAGAAAACCAGGCCGCACAGUCCUAGACCUCGGCUGUCAAGGAACGCUGGUUCUUCAGGGCCCAUCACUACAGUAGAUAAUGAUGGCCACGUGAUUGACCUGGUGAAGGAUCAGCUCCCGGAGAUACAGCUGUCGGAGGAGGACCGGCAGAAAAACCUGGAGCUGCUGGAGGAGGCAAAGAAAGUGAGUGAUCGGUUCCUGACCCGUAGGGGGCGACGAUCAACCUGCAGCCUCACAGAGUCACCCACAGCUCUCUCACCCAACCCGACUCCCGGCUCUUCUCCCGCACCCUCACGCAGCAGCUCCACCUCUGCUCCCCCACAAACAGCUGGUUUAACUAUAGAGGUCACACCAAGCCCCCCUACAAGCUCAAGUACAAGUCAGCGACUGGAGGUGCCUGCUGUGCGUGAGCAUGGAGAAGUAAAUAAAGCGGACCAGGAGAGUCUAAAGAGACUUGUGGACUGGAAGCCACCUGAGAAGCGUAAGGUUUCCUCUGGCACUCUGACUCCUCGCCAUGCCGCUCCUGCCACAGCUAGAGAGCCCAUCACAGCUCAGAAGGACAGCACAGAACCCGGCCAGGGAAAGAAGCCUGGCCCACCUUCAGUGAAACCAGACAGUCAGACCCCAGCCACCGGAGUGGCCAAACCCGUCCCGCGGCCGCCCACCCAGCAAGCGCCGUGCACGGCCGAGAUCAAAACCAUUGGAGCCUUCCCACCCCUUAUGAGGGCCGUCUCCUGGGAUGCUGUGGGCUCCGUAAGGAACGGUGCGCCCAAAGGAGAUGAGGAUGGUCCUUUCCCGGAACUAAAAUCUUCUGGCUACAAGGACUUCCCGGUGCCUCCAGUCCAGAAACUGUCCAAGCUGAGAGAGGAACAUAAGCUGAUGAGGAACCAGAGCAUCUCUGGGUCAAAGCUGCCGGACCUGAGUGAGACGGCUGAACAGGAGAGAGGUCCCUCCUCUCCUACAAGUAGCUCCCCAGCAGAUGAGGAGUCGAAAGAGAAAGCAGAUGCCAUGCCCAACAUAUCAGACAUCAUGCUGCGCAAGCUCAAACUACACCGAGGCUUACCAGGCUGCGCACCUCCUCUCACAGAGAAAGAAGUCGAGAAUGCCUUUGUGCAACUGUCCCUUGCAUUCCGCAAUGACAACUACACGCUGGAGACCCGGCUGAAGCAGGCAGAGAGAGAGCGCAACCUCACAGAGGACAACACGGAGAAGGAACUGGAAGAGUUUAAAAACAUGCUGAAGGGCACAGUGUCAUUGUGGCAGAAUGCCGAGCAGAGGGAGUCCUACCAGCGCCUCGUCGAGACUGUGGCUGUGCUGCACCGCUUGGCCAACCGUCUAUCCAGCCGAGCCGAGAUGGUGGGAGCAGUGCGGCAGGAGAAACGAAUGAACAAGGCAACAGAAGUGAUGCUGCAGUACGUGGAGAACCUAAAGAGGACAUAUGAGAAGGACCAUGCAGAGCUGAUGGAGUUUAAGAAACUAGCCAAUCAGAACUCCAACCGCUGUUAUGGUGGCUCCUUGGAAAGUGGAGAUGAUGGAGUUCCACGUGCGUCGAGAUCCAUGUCUCUGACAAUGGGAAAGGCGUUACCUAGAAGACGAGUCAGUGUGGCUGUGGUUCCGAAGUUCAAUCUCCUGGUCCCUGGUCAGACCCCAACUACAACAGGCACUAGCCUUGGCCCUGGCCCCAUCACUGGCCCGGGUGCACUUCCUGUACUGUGUGAGACAAACAGUGUGAAGAGCGAUGCCGCUUCAGAACCAGCACAACAAGCUGCAGGAGAUGGAAAAGUUCCGAGCGAGCAGGAAGGUGAGGCAGCCGCACCGCUCAAAGUUUCCUGCAGCCUGGAGGAGAUCAGAGCGGAGAUCAAGGCCAAGAUCGAGGAGGAAGCCUACAAAAAAGGGUAUCAGGAAGGACUGAAAAAGCUUAAGGAGCUUCAGGAGGUCAAGGAGGAGGAAGAGAAGGCAGAAGAGAAGCUGAUGGAGGCUGAAGAGAUAACUGGAGAUGAGUUGGAAAAAGAAAAGAAGCCAAACAGUAGGUAUGAGGAAGCACUGGAAGUCCUUGACCGGAUUUGUCCGAAGAUCUUCAAACGGAAUAGGACUCUGUGGAUUGUUCUUACCUUAUUCUUAGUUUUAUUCUUUGUGGUCAAUCUCGUACAUUUCUUCAGCAACCACUACAGUGUCCAAGGGGACACGUCGGCAGAGAAGUCCGCCGUUCCAGGCAAGAAGAAGUUUUUAGGACUGCACGUAGGAUCUAAGAAUCCCACUCCAGAGUAACACCGAGUCUACACACCUCCACGUUUCAAAGACAGUCUGAGGAGUUCGUUGAACUUUGGAACUGAACUUGGGGAUCUAUGAAUCACGAAUAAUUCAGUCUAGAGCUGUUUUAGGGAAGCGUUCGAAGUCAAAAGGGUAACAUGGCAAAAUCACCUACUUUUCUUUAGGGACCAAGUGGGCUUGUAACGUACCAUCAUUUGAGUAUAGAUUUAUUAGGUGUUCUACUUCACCUAGAGAGAAUAAUGUGGUUUUAUCUUUGGCUACCAGCAUUUCCUAAAGCUAAUGUACCAUUUGAAAGAUACACAUUAUAUUACCACUCAAACUUUACUAUUGUACUUCUCAGGUUUUAUGAGAUGAAAUAAGAAAUAUAGUAUAUAUUUAAAAGAGCUUUAAUCUUUGGUAUGGGUUUUAAAAUCUUUGCUAAUGUCUACAUGGUCUAUUUGAUUUGACAUUCCAAGGUAGCUGCUGAAGUGCAAUAUUUUUGCAACACAUAUUUGCCAUUUUGAUUUGAUUGUGUUGAAUUGUGUCCUUGCAGCACAAUGGUGUGAACAAUUUUUUCCAGAAAUUUUAGAGAGCACUUUGAAUUAGCAUGAGAGAUUUCUGUCAUCCUUUUAGAUAUUUGCACACGUGUGUUAAUGGUUGUGCCACUCCACCUUUUAAUAAAGGUGUCUUUAAAAA